CAAAAAAAGCCAAAAACAACAAAAAUCCAAUUUUUUGAUUUUUUUUUUGAUUUUUUUUUUUUCAGUUAGUUACAAACACAAAUCAGUUGAACAAGCAACAAAAUGUUCGGCUCUGGUUCGAGUUCGGGCGGCUCAGCGACAGAGCGAAGAAGCAGCGGCGGCAGCGGCAGCGGUGGCGGCGGCAGCGGCGGAUUCGCAGGCGGAGGAGGAGGAGGAGGAGGAGUCGAAAGUGUUGCUGCAACAGCUGCUUCAACUGCUACUGCUGCUGCCGGACUGACGACCAGCAACAGCAGCCACAGCAUGAGCAACAGCAACAGCAACAGCAGCAGUGCGUUCGAUGGCGGCAGUGGCGGCAGCAGCAGCAGCAGCGGCGUCGCAGGAGCAGCAGGGCGAGGGCGGAUGGUUCGCUCGCUCGGCUUGACGGCAGCCAAUCUCGCAGAGCUGCCAUACACGACCAGUCUGUCCUCAGCCAACACGGCGCCGUCAACAAUGUCGACGGGAGCAGUGGUCGCAGCAGUGGCCCCGAGCGACGGCCACCUUCCGUUCGACGCUGCGACGGCUGCUGCGACGGCUGCGACUGCGGUUGCUAAUGCUGCUGCUGCGCUCGCCCUUCCCCAGCAUCCACAGCACCAGCAUCCACAGCACCAGCACCAGCACCAGCAGCACCAUCAACAGCAGCAGCAGCACUCGCCAUACCAGCAGCUUCCGUAUCAGCAGCAUCCAUAUCAGCAGCAGCAGCAGCAGCAACAGCAGCAGCCAAUGUAUGUCGGCGGGUAUGCAAACGCCAUUGCCAUACAGCAGCCACAGCAACGACAACCGCCUUACACUGGCAGCCCACUUCACCAGCCUGCAUUGCAGCAGAUUCAGCAACAGCAACAACUACAACAACAACAACAACAGCAGCAGCAGCAGCAGCAGUACGCUGGCGGGAAUACAAGCAACCACUCCCCAACACCUAUCCCUCCGACGACGACGGCCAUGACUACCAUGACGACGACGACUACAAGUGCGACGAAUGCUGCGAAUGCUGCCAACGUUAAUGUGAAUGCUGCCUCUGCCGCUGCUGGGCCGUAUGGACGUGACGCGAGCAUUGGACUGGGAACGUCGUGGUCGGUCUCGCUGCCAGUGACUACGACGACGACGCUGAUGGGUCAUGCUCAGAACGGCGCUGGUGGUCCUGCAAUGGGAGGUCCUGGCGCGAUCAUUGGAAGCCCCAUUCUCACAAACGUCAAUCCGAACAGUGUCAAGCCGAUGCCCGCUACUACCACCGCUGGUAUCAUCAAUCCACUCGCAGGCGGAGGCCUGUCCUUCAACAGUGCCCAAGUCAUGAUCACCGCAAACAACUUUGCGUCAGGACCAAGCUUUAGCAGCUUCUCGUCUGGGAGUGGAGUCCCGACAAUCAACUCGGCAGUCAACUCUGGAGGAAAUGCUCUCAACGGGAAUGGCGCAUCCGACUUUCCUAACGGUGCCGGGCGCGUGCACUACGGUCAACCAAGCCAGCCAGGCCAGCCAGGCCAGCAAACUCAGCAAGGUCAGUCAGGGUUGGCGUCGAUCAGCCAGCUCUGGCCGCAACAAAGCCCGCGAGCGCUCAUGAGCGGCGCCUUCUUCCCCUCAAGUGCUCGUACCACCAGCUCAACAUCGUUUCAGGCCAUCAAAACGGAGCUGUUUGCAAUGAACCAGUCUGGGAGCAACACGAGCAUGCCCUAUAUCGGCUCGUCCUCGUCAACUUCGCUGCCAGAUGUCUCCUUGCUGACCGCCAGCAGUUCGUCCCUGCCUCCGGUUGUUAUGACUCCGAGCGACUCAAACCCAACAGGCUCCGAUUCGGCUCCGUCGCCGUACCAGGUCGGCCAUGCGGGCCCCAUGCAGCCGCAGUCGUUCGGAGGCCAUUCUCCUGCCCUUCAGCACAUGCAGCCGCAGCAGCAGCAGCAGCUGUACUUUCAGCAGCAGCAACUCCAGCAUUCGCUGCAGCCACAGCAGCCACAGCAGCAGCAGCAGCCGCAGCAGCAGCAACAACAACAACAACAACAACAACAACAGCUCAGCAUGCUGCUUUCCCCGCAAGUGCAAACAUGGAUGCAACAAAACAACCAAACCACCUACCUGCUUCCGCCUUCCUCUCCACUGCCAUUCCAGCAACAACAGCAGCAGGAGCAGCAGCAGCAGCAGCAACAACAACAACAACAACAACAACAACAACACCAACUACAACAACACCAACUUCAGCAACACCAACUACAGCAACAAUUACAGCAACAAUUACAGCACCAACAACAGCCGGGGCAACAGCAGCAGCCGUCGCAGGCUUUUUAUUCUCAUUUUGGCAACCAACAACAGGCGCCGCAACAGCAGCCAUUGCACAUGUUGCAGCAUCAUCAGCACCAGCAGCACCAGCAGCACCAGCAGCACCAGCAGCACCAGCAGCACCAGCAGCACCAGCAGCACCAGCUACCACAGGCGCAGCAACAGUCCCAGCAGUUGCACUUGUCAGGACUGGGACAUCCCGCUGGUCAUGCGGCGUCGACUGGAACAAACACUGGUCAUCACCUCCCAAGCUCUGGCUUUGGCGCCGUGCCCGCAGCCUCUAGUAGUAGCAGCAGUAGUGGUGGCACCAAGUCUCGGGCGGAUUCUGCAGGGAUGGCACGGAAGCCCUCCCCGAAAGAGGACCUGUCCUCUGCCAAGCUCCCAGUCUCCAUCAGAGCGACCAUAUGCCAGCCCACCAAACUUGGCACUGGGCCGAGUCAGCCAGGUUCGGCUGCUGCCGGUCAGCUCGAGGUCAUCAACUCGAAAACGACCCAAGUUGCGCGGUAUGCCUUCUCCUCGCGCAACGGGACACCAGCGCCCUUUAGCGGACACGUGAAUUUGGAUUCAAAGUAUGCCGCCGACGCUGCCGCUGCUCACCGGGCGGUUAUGGCGGCGACCGAAUCCAUGCCGGCCAUCGAACCGUCCAUGCAAACUAUUAGCGCGCCUUCGGGCCAAGGCGACCGGAUCCACGGCCAGUCCGUGAGCUGCUUUGGUGUUGACAACGCCGUACUUCGACUGCCCGGCCACCAAGACCAUGUCUACAACCAAUACGUGUCCUUCUUUGGCUGGAUUCGGGACGAGCAGAUGGCCCAGCGUGUCCUCGAGUAUUGCGCAACUCACAACGUGCGGCGAUGCAAGGAGCGUGCUCGCGCCAUUCAAAUUUUCCCUGGCCAGGGCUACGUGUACGAUUGCGAGGAAUCUCGCUUGCAGCGUUGGACGGACAACAUCAAGUGGGGUGACUCGCUCCACCCAGGUGGCCGUCUCAUGUUGUACCGCGAGGUCGAGACAGUUACCGACACCGCUGCGAAUGCCGGUACACGUCGCAGAAGCAAAACAGAGCGUCCAUUUGGUAUGCGCAAGGUGACGCUGGCGGAUUCUUCGUCCAACCUGCGGUUGGUGUGCUACUUUGACGACCACUACCUCCUCAACACGGACUCGUCGCAAUUUGCCUUCGUCUUUGAAGAUGGGCAACCCAUGCCUCAGAAAUCAGCCUCGUCAGGCAGCUCUCUUGUUAUGGAAGCGGACAGCGGCAACAGCGGCUCAUCAGCCUACGGCGGUCAUCCCCAAUUGCGAGCUGCCCAGGAGAGCAUCAGCCCGACCCACAUCAACAACAGUGACGCCGGCCCCGAGUCCCGUUUGCAGCAUUUCGCUAUACCAGCGCCUGUGCCUUAUCCGAGUCAGGAUGGUAGUGCUCUUCAUUCAUACCACGCGUCUGCUGCUACUGCGUUCCAUGGCGGUCGCGGCGCUCUCAAGCGUGAAAUUUCCGAAGACGAUCCAACCGAUGCUAGCCCCGCCGGUGGGUGGGUUGGAGGCGCACCAGCCAAGCGCGAGCGUCUUGGCGCCUGAGGCCAGCCAGAUGUCUGGUUGGUGGAUGACGUUUUGCUGUUCCGCGUUUGUUUUUCACUUGCUUCUCCUUGCCCCCUCUUGGGCAAUGCUAGUUACGUUGAACUUGCUCUUUUCGUUCAUUUUUGCUUUUGGUUUUGUCGGUUUGUUGAUACUAUACGCUCGUAGUUUUGUAUGUUUUGCAUGUGUUUUUUUUUUUUUGUUCCGAUUUGUUGACAAUGUUCACUUGCCGUCCUUCUGCUUAUCUUCGGGAUAAACCUUUCCUCAGUAAGGCUUUUGUAUUCACGAUGCAACCUAGACUGAUCGUCAUCAACAG